AUGUGUCGGCAGGUGGCUAGACUGAAGAAAAAUUACGGAAAGGCGAUCGAUCUGCUGGUCGAAUUGACGUCGUUGCAACGCAAUUUCCAGAUUGUCGAUCGGUUAAUCAAGGCGACGAGACGUCGCGUGAACGCUCUUCGGCACGUCAUCAUACCGCGGUUAGAGCGAACCCUCGCGUACAUCAUCACCGAACUCGACGAGUACGAGCGAGAAGAAUUUUAUCGUCUCAAGAAGAUACAGGUACGGAAGACGAAGCGAUACAAUGGUCAAUCCUCUUACAGUCUGACUCGAGAUGCAAACAUUUUCGACGAGGCUGAGGACCAGGAUCUUCUUUUUUAA